AUGUCAUUACCAUUAGUUUCACCAUUAUCACCGGAUACGAAUAAAGAUGUAGCAGAAUUAGCUAAAUUUUUUAAUGAAACAUUAGGUUUUUGUCCAAAUAGUGUACUUACUAUGCAACAUAGACCGGCUAUUGCUACUGCAUUUAUUCAAUUAAAUAAAGCUGUUAUGGCUAAUCAAGGACGUGUAACAAGUGCAUUAAAACGACUUAUUGGUUAUGUUUCAAGUACAAAAGCAGGUUGUCAAUAUUGUCAAGCACAUACAAUAUUAGCAGCGGAACGUUAUGGAGCUGAAGAUGAACAACUUGCAAAUGUAUGUCAAUAUUCUACACAUCCAUCUUUUAAUGAUGCUGAACGAGCAGCUCUUGAUUUUGCUCUAGCAGCUUCUUCUAUUCCUAAUGCUGUUAAUAUUCCAAUUACUGAAAAUCUACGUCAACAUUGGGAUGAUGGUGAAAUUGUUGAAAUUCUAGGUGUAAUUAGUUUAUUUGGUUAUCUCAAUCGUUGGAAUGAUUCUAUGGGUACAAGUAUUGAGCCAGGUGCUAUAAAAGCAGGUGAAAAACAUUUAACAAAAAAUGGAUGGUCACCUGGAAAACAUUCAUCUUAA